AGGGGUAGAAAGAGGUGGUGGCGCCUCACACUUACCCUACCGCAAACAUGACUGGUGUGCUGGUGAAGACCUGCCUGCUGGGGGCCCUCGCCCUUACCCUCCUCCAAACAGCGGAGGCUCAGUGCCCGGAGGUGGUCAUCACCAACGAGUGGGACGGCAACUACCAGGCGGACUUCAUCGUGGAAGCUCCUGCAGACAGCAACGGCAUCAGUCUGGACCUAACCUUUAGCUCCCCCGUGGACAGCAUUGAAUUCUGGGCUGGCUCGGUGACCAAGACAGACGACACACACUUCACCCUCGUUGACUCCAAGACCGACGUGCACGAGGGAGAUCAGAUCAAAUUUUCCUUCCAGGUCCACUUCUCUGCCUCCAAGCCUUACGUCAUCACCGAGGUGCUAAACGGCUUGGAAAUAUGCGACACGAUCUACACUACGCCUGCGCCUCCGUCAACACCCGAGCCCCUGGCCAACCCUUGUGACGCCACCGAUAUGAAGCCUUAUGACUACAGCCAGGUACUGUGUAUGUCGUACGUGUUCUACGAGGCCCAGCGAUCAGGUCCUCUGCCCGCGGAUCAACGUGUCACUUGGCGAGGCGACUCUGCCCUCGACGACGGCUCUGAUGUGGGUCAUGACCUAACUGGCGGCUAUUAUGAUGCUGGCGACUUCGUCAAGUUUGGGUUCCCGAUGGCUUACACCGCCACUGUGUUGGGCUGGGGUCUCAUAGACUUCGCUGAGGGCCACGAAGCUGCUGGUCAGCUGGAGUACGGUCAGGCGGCACUUAAAUGGGCCACCGACUACUUCCUCAAGGCUAACACCGGCAAGAACGAGUUCUACGGACAGGUUGGCUCCGGUCAGAAGGACCAUGCCUAUUGGGGACGACCUGAGGACAUGGACAUGGAACGACCAGCCUGGAAGAUCGACGAAGCUGCCCCAGGAACGGAGUUGGCCGCUGAGACAGCUGCUGCCCUCGCCGCUGCUGCCAUGGUCUUCAAGGAGAACGACCCAGAUUACUCGGCGGAGGUGUUGGACGUAGCCAAGGAACUCUACGAUUUUGCUGACAAAUUCCGCUUGACCUACGACAAGUCCAUCCCUGACGCCAGCGCCUACUACCAUUCAUGGAGUGGGUUCGGAGACGAGCUGUGUUGGGCGGCGCUGUGGCUGGCACGAGCGACUGGCGAAGACACCUACCUUACCCGCGCCAGGGGUCAUUGGGAGGAAUUCCAUCUGGGCAAGGAUGCUGUCCUCCAGUUCUCCUGGGAUGAUAAGAGAGCCGGAGUGUUCGAGCUGUUUUGGCUACUGGACGGGUCUCAGGAGUACCUGGACGCCCUCAACAAGUACCUGGACUGGCUGAAGGACGGCGCCACCUACACCCCUGAGGGCCUCGUCUUCCUGGACAGUUGGGGCGCCAAUCGUCACGCUGCCAACGUUGCCUUUAUCUCUCUCUGGGCGGCCAAGAACGGAAUCAACACGGAGGCCAACAGAGAGUGGGCAGCUGGCCAGGUUGACCAGCUCCUGGGGGCCAACUCCCGUCUCAAGAUGUCUUUCGUGGUGGGUUAUGGCGACAAGUACCCCGAGAGGCCCCACCACCGCUCCAGCUCGUGUCCGUGGCCGCCUAAGGUGUGCGACUACACGUGGGCGUACAGCCAGGACGGCCCUAACCCUCACGUCCUGUACGGAGCCCUCGUUGGUGGGCCCUCCCAGAACGGCGACUACAAGGACGACCGCGAGGACUUCACUCACAACGAGGUCGCCUGUGACUACAACGCUGCCUUCUCCGGGGCUCUGGCGGCCAUGGUCGAGCUGAACUGAGAAGUCCUCCCCACAGUCACCCACCUACCCUGGCACCACCGUCACCCACCUACCCUAGCACCACCGUCACCCACCUACCCUAGCUCCACCGUUACCACCCACCUACCCUGGCAUCACCGUCACCCACCUUCCCUGGCACCGUCAUCCACCCACCCUGGCACCACCACUAACCUUCAGCCGGGUACCGAGAGUGACAGACAUGUUACUCUCAAUAACAAACUAUAACACAUGUUCUCUCUCUGAUGAUAUAUAUAUAAACAAACGGGUGACCUUGACAAGACUGAUGCUAAAAUUUACCGAACUGGUGCAAAAGUACUAAAGUUAGCAUAUAUUAUUAAACUGAUGGUUAUAGCAUAAAAAUAAACUGUACUAUGAUGUAAGUUACUCCGUAUAACUUGUAUUUCCAUUAAAUAUUAAGAUAAUGA